AUGAACAAAGGAGAAAGCAGCUGGCUCCAGGCAUCUCUGAUUAAAAAUCCCAACAUUGAAACAAUCAUAAACGAACAUCUCCAAGAACUGCUAGACCUCAUUAGGUCGAAAUAUAUUUCACACGGCACCGAGAUAAAACCCGUGGAUUUAGCAAGAAAGAUUCAAUAUUUUCUUCUCGAUAGCAUCAGCGCUAUCUCCUUAGGUAAGGCAUUUGGCAACCUCAAGAGUGACACCGAUAUAGAUGGCUGUAUCAAGGCUAUUGAAGAAGCGCUUGCGUUGUGGGCUACUUCCCUCGCCUUAGGUAUCGGUUGGCUGCCUCAAGUACCUCUCAUUGGCUGGUUGUUCUUACCAUCUCUUAAAGACAAAGAAGGCUUCGGCAAAUUCAUGUCAAAAUGUUUCUCCUACGUGGACAAGCGUGCUGCGAGUGUGACCGACAAGGAUACCGAUAUGUUGGCUUCCUUUAUCCGGAACGGGGUUGUGGGGGAUGACCUUCGUUCAGAGGCACUUAUAUUCAUGACUGUGGGCCCUGUCAACCCCCUUGGUGCCAUCAGUGGAACUAUCCUCCAUAUUAUAACCAACCCCCGAGUAUACACCAAGUUGCAAAAUGAAAUUGACAGUGCGGUGCGUGAUGGCAAAGCUCCACCCGCAAGAGGCGGCCUCAUCAGCAGUACCCAGGCCAAGCAACUUCCAUAUCUCCAAGCCACGAUACGGGAAAGCAUGCGAAUCUGCCCACCGGUUGAUGGUCUCUUCGCACGCGAAGUCCCGCCUGGUGGUGACACGGUUGUCGUUGAUGGCAAGCCUAUGUUCCUACCCGGUGGUACUUCCAUUGCGCGGUCCGCGGUUGCCAUGUAUCGGGACAAGGCAAUUUUUGGUGACGAUGCUGAUUACUAUCGACCAGAGAGGUGGUUCCCACAAGAUGCCGAUAAGCUCGCUGAAAUGACUAGCGUCAUCGAGACGGUAUACAAUCGAGGAAAGAGCCAGUGCUUAGGAAAGGCUAUCGCCGAGGUUGAGAUUGGAAAGACGAUAUUCGAGCUGCUGCGUAACUUCGAGCUCACACUUGUCAAGCCAGCCCGUCCGUGGAAAAGAGUGAAUGUCCUAGGACUUUUCAUCAUAUCAGAUAUGUGGGUGAAGGUGACAGAACGGACAGCCAGUGACUGA